AUGAGUCAGCGAAACGUUCCGAUUCUGCUGCUUCUAGGCGCUGAACAGCAGAAUGCUAAUAGCCAAAAUAAUUACAACCAACAGGCACCUUACGUAAACCGAUCUCCGGGACAGCCUCCACUGAAUGCUACUUCUCAAAGCCCGCCUCCAAUACAGCCAGCUUCUCCUUAUAAGCCAAAUCCAAUUCUGAGUCUUAUUUCUCAGUUUCAACCUGACGUGGUGUCCUCUUCUUCAAAGAAGCCCAUCGUCGUAGAUGAGCAAAAUACGUCUCCAGAGAUAGUCGUGGUAGACGAAAACGAUAGAGUGCUGAAGCUGCCGGCCCCACUAGCUCCAGUGCCACUGAAACAGACACCGUUGGCAAUGCAAAUUCAGCAAUUGAGCGGGCUGUCUGAGGCAAUGCAAGAAUACAUAAAGAACUUCCAAAGCAAUUUCAAGACGGAACUUCCACUUUCGGAUAAUGCUAACUCCCAAACACAUUUGUGGCUGCAGGCUGCCAGGAACAGUGGUCCAAGCAAAACAUCGAUAAACUCCAUCAUCAAUGCCGAGGAGAGCACAUCGCAGCCGGCCCAGGUGGCGCCGGAAAAGAAGAAGAGAUCGUAUACUACGAAGGCAGAUGGUACCAAUAAAAGAGCAAAAAGUGAUACAGCAAAGAAACUGAAAACAGAAGUCAAGACAGAGCCUUCAACAGGUCCAAAAAAACCUGGGCCGAAAAGCAAGAAGAAAACACCAGAGAUUGCCAUUUCUCCUGCUGAGAAACCAUCCAUACAUCCUACUAUGACAACAGAUAAGGCAAAAACGAAAAAUACUUCCAUGAAACUAGAUAAACCUGCUGUGUUAAGCCUAAAAAAGGAUGAUUCGCAAGUAGCUGGGUCUGAAAGUGAAAACAAAGAUGGCGCCAAAGGUUCGCCCCAUGAGGACAAGAAGAAUAAACAGGCAGCGCCUCCAAUCAUUGCAUUGAAUAUUCCUCUUCUCGAUCCAAAAGCACCACUGCCUGGCCAAGCUGAAGUUGUGGUGAAUGUGCUCAAGCUCGCUGAGGAAAAAUAUGGCUGGAAUACGAUACAUCCCAAUGCAAAGUCAGCAAUCGACCUAAUGGAUGAAAUUCUAGACGACGACGAUGAUGGAGCAGAUGAAGAUGACGACGAUGAACUACAAGUGGUUGACGAGAAGGGAAAUGCUUUACCGAAGAAAAAGAACAACGAAGAACUCACCGAAGAGCAGUUGAUGAGACAGCAUGAAACUAGAAUGAACAGGAAAGUCGGUAAGUACGAUUACGAGGACCCUUUCAUUGACGACGAAGAACUCCAGUGGGAGGAAGAAAUCACCACAACAAAGGAAGGUUUUUUCGUGUACUGGGGCCCAUUGGUGGAGGACAGGUCAUCUUCAACGAAUACAAAGAAGGGUUCGACAAAGGGAAAAAAGUAA